ACUGGAAUGUUUUGCGUUGACAGCUAGUCAACAAAAUGGCGACCGGCAUGUGGGAGGAAUUACUGGCCGUCUUAAAUGAAAACCGCCGAGAAUUAAAUUUACAAGGACCAGCUAUAAAUAAAAGAAUUGAAGAAAGAGGCUUAGAUGAAAAACUAUUUACACUGUCUGGCUUAAAUUUACUAAAAUUGGCUGGAACUCCUUUAGAAACUGUGCCAGACAAACUUGGAAAUCUUGUAAACCUAACUUCCCUGAUGUUAGAAAACAAUAAACUAAGAGAAUUACCAGCAACAAUUGGUGACUUAACAUCUCUAAAAUUUCUUGACAUUUCAGGAAACAAACUUGAGAAGUUACCAGUUACUUUAUCAAAUCUUGUAAAUAUCCAGUCUUUGAAUGCUAAUUUGAAUUUGCUUACUUCUUUUCCUGAUGUUUCAAAGAUGAAAGUUCUUGCUUAUUUAAGCAUUGCUAGAAAUAAAUUAUCAAGCUUGCCAGAAGGCAUUUGCGAUCCCAGCUUGAUCCUUUUAAGUACUAUUGAUGCUGCAAACAAUGAAAUAGUUGAAUUGCCAUCUGAGAUUUCAAAUCUUUCUCAUUUGAUUAAAUUGGAUGUAACUGCCAAUAAGUUGGAAACUUUGCCCCCUGAACUAUCUGAAUGCCCAAAGCUGAGAGAGGUUAUUAUUGCUGAAAACAAAAUGAAAGAUAGGAAGCUUUUGAAACUUGCUGAACACUCUACAAAAGCAUUGUUGAACUACCUAAAAAUCCAGCUUGAAAAACAACAGGCACUUGAGGCAGGCAAUGCAAAUAAAAAAAUAGAAAAAUCAAAGAAGAAAAAGAAGAAAGGUGACAAGAAAGACAUUGAAGAUUUAGAGCGAGAUAUCAUUUCAGUCUUACAAUUUGAAACAGAUAGUGGAUUUGUUAUAUCUGCAACACCAGCGGUAAUGAGUGUACGGCAGUAUCUUGUUUGCUGUAUAAUUAGGAACUUGGAUUUCAGCAAAUCAAACAAUAUGUUUAAAAGGUUUAUUAAUUUGCAGGUAGGCAUAAAGAAUUAGGCCUAAAUAUUAAAAUUUUAUUAUUGGGUUAAAUUUAAAGCUGUAGAUAAGGCUUAUCUUGGUAAGAUUCUUACUUAGGCUAAAUGUUUUUGUUUAUUGUACAGUUGUCUGGGUUUAGUAUGACUAUGACUUUGAUGUCUUUGACCAUUGAAAGGUCCUGUUAAGGCCUACUUAUUUUAUAAAAAUAUAAAGAGCUUAAUCAAUGUCUUAAAAAAUAAAGGAUUUCCAAAAGGUUUAUAAAAUUAUUAAGAUACUUUAAUCCACAGACUAGACUACAUGAAUCUAUUUGUGAGAAACGUCAAACAGCAACAAUUGCUACUCAUGACUUGAAACUUGUCAAAGCUCCACUGGUGUAUGAUGCCAAUUUACCACAUACAAUACAGGUCAGAAAAAUCUUUGAAUUAUACAUUUAGAUUUAGAUCAAUGAAUCAUUGGACUUAAUCCAUCUGCAAUAUGGAUACCAAUAGGCCCUUAAUUUUAAUAUGUGAAAUAAGUCAGCAUUUAAAUUAUUUUUUGUUAUUCAUUAUAUAAAAAAACAUUAACCAGCUUUAAAACAUGACUAAGGGUGAAAAGAAUAAAGAAAUAAUAAGCCUACAUUGUAUUUUAAAUAUAGUCUUUGCAUUUAGAUCUGCUUAUGCUACCAAAUAAUCAUGAUGGAUAUAUGACCAUUUCCAUCAUAAUUCUGUCGAUUUAUACCAAUUUACUACUAAGUUAUACAUCUUUAUUUUUCUGACUUAUGUCUGGACCAAAAAGUUACAAUCUUUUUCACAGAUUACCCCAUUGUUUAAAACAAAAAUCACCACUGCUGAAGCUCUAAUGAAAGAGCUAAGAAAUGAGGCUGAGGCUUUUAGAAGAGAGAAAAAGCGCAGUACAUUGAGUGGUAUUCACAAGUAAGUCUAUCAACCAUGCCUCGGAUGGGUUUCCUAUUUUGUUGAAAACAUUUUGUUGAAAACAUUUUAUAAAUGUUUUAAUAAAGUUUAAAUUUAUCAAAAAUACAUUUUUCCCUAGUACACAUGUUACUUUUUUAAAAUGAUGUUAACUUACUACUAGUUUAUUUGAUAUUUUAAGGUUAAUGAAAGGAAAUUUGUUUCAUAUAUUAUUUUUUAAUGACAUAGGAGUUGUUUUAGCUAGAUCAAAGAGAUUUUUUGUCAUUGAGAUUCAUAGUUUACAAGGAUUCAACCAGCAAUUUAUUCAUUUCAGUUGUCAGUGGUAUUAUUAUGGUAAUUUUUCAUUCCUCUGCAUGCUGUUGGUAAUGAAAUAUUUAGAAAGCCUCAGUUUGGUUUUACAUUCAAUGUAAGCAAAAAUUAUUUUAAUAUUUUAUUUUGUAGGUAUCUAGACCUCUUGAAAGAUAAAAGUCAUUACCCUUGUCUCAGGGAUGCAGAUGGUGAUGUUAUCUCAUUUCCUCCUAUCACUAAUAGUGAGAAAACCAAGGUAAAAAUUUGUGAUUAGAAAGUGAAUUAUUUAUUAAAAUUUUUAAAUAUGUAAAUGUUGAAGCUACAGCAACAAAGACAUGAAUCUACAUUUGUGUACUUAAUAUGUAAAACUGGCUUUAAAAAAAGUAUUACAUUUCACCAAAUCUUUAGAAAAAGUCCUACAUUUCACCAUAUGAGAGAUGACAGAGUGAUAUCAAAAUAGCAAAAGAAACAAAUUAUGUUUUCGGUAUCAUCUUCUUAGGACACGUAAUAUGAAGAUGUUCAUGCCUUUUUUUAUCAAGGACUAGUGUCAUUAAGUAGACAUGGUGGAAUGAAAAACAAAUUUUUAAACAGUGAUCCAUCAAAAAAGGAAGGAGACACCAAAAGUAGCAUGCAUAUUAUAUUUUCUUUUUUUAAAAAUCGGUGGUCUUUAUAUCUGUAUGUGUUGCUUUUUGCCAUUUUCCAGAUACCGGGUAUUCAAUUUUUAAAAAAGAAUAUAAUCUUAUUCAAUUCAUAGAUCUCUAAGGAAACAACAGACAUCCUCGUUGAGGUAACUAGUUCAGCAAAUUUUGACAUCUGUAAGAAAGUAAUGGAAGAGUUGCUGAAGGAAACACUGCUUAUUGGUGUGGGCACACCCUCUGAAGGUAAAAUGAAUUUCAGUUAUAUCAUUAUUUGUAGAUUACUAUAAGUAAUAUCAAUAAAAAUUUAUCAGGUAAAAUGUGUGUUAUACAGAGAGAUAAAACAUUGCUUUUAAAAGAUACAUUUCUUAUGAACUGAUUAAUUCUUUGUAAAGACAGAGAUCUCUAUCAGCCUGUUUGUUUUAUUCCAAAUUGUAUUCUUAUUAAAUCCUUGUAUAUAAGGGUUUAGUCUGCGACCAACAAGUAUUUACAAAGCAUUAAUAUGAAAGAAAUCACAACGUGUUGUUUACCAGUAACACUGCAUAUAUAACCAGUUUUACUGUGAAACAUACGGUGUCGCUCACAGGGGCUCAUGACGAUGAGGAAAGAAAUGUUUGACAAAACCAGUUGCUUCUGGAACGGAAACAGUUCAUUAUGAAAAGUUAUGAAAAUUAGGCUCAUGUAGUCUUUUAAUGUUAUGUAUAAUUUUAAAAUGAAGAAAAUGCAAACAAAAUGGCAGUACCUGUUAUAUGUCUAUUUAUUUGUUUUUAUUAUUUCUUAAAAUUAAAUUGAAAAGACAAUGCCAAAGAUAAGCCGACCGAAGUUGAAGGGGAUGCAGAAGGGGAACCGGAAGUGGAUACUAGCCGCAUGCGGUUCCCACAGAAGCUGACCGUGGAGCAGGUGAAGGUGAUAGAUGCACAGGGCAACCUUCGUGUGAUCUACCCUUCCAGGGUGGAUUUACAGAAUCCAGCAUUUGAUGUGAUCAGGAACUAUGAAUAAUCACUUAUUUUACUUUUACCUCUUAACUUUAAGUACUGGUACCGCAUGUUUCAUCAUUCUGUCUUGGGGAAUGUGCAACAUUUUGGACAAAAUACUUUUCAUUUAUUAAACAGGUUUCUUUCUAUUAAUCUCAUGUUAUUAGUAAGGCUUAGCGGUUAAAUAACUACACAAACAGUUGAUGGGCAUUGAAAUGGUCAUGAAUUGUGUACCAACAGUUUAUGAUGAAUUAUUAUUGAGAAUUAUCAAAGUUAUUUGUUUUCUGAGUAUUUUAAACAUUAACUGAUUCAAAUGAGUUGUGUACAGGAUGUUAUAAAAUGCAAAACUUAAGAGCUUCAUGUAGUUCACCUUUUAAUCUUGGAGCAAAGUUCUUGAUCAAUGCAUCGUCAAUAAUAUUUAUAUUCCAUUAUUUUCACAAGUCUACAUCUUCCAUGCAGCGCAUUAUGUUGUAUUUAAAACAAUUAAAAAGUAAAUAUUUACAUUUUAUUCAAAUUGUUAGUUCCUUUUUUUGGAACUAUUUCAGAAGUAUUUAUUAUUAACAAUCGAAAAUUUAUUUUCAUUUUAGCUGUUUCCUGUACAUUGCUUUCAUUAUAAAUUUUUGUGCAGCAAUCUUAUAGAUAAUCAAAUUUAUUUAUUUAGUUUUGAAACCGACAUAAGCAUUUAUUCAGUUUAGUAAAUAGAAUCUUUUUUAGCAUCAUGAGUUAUUUUCAGAGAUAAUUAAAUUUGUUGAUUAGCAUUUUAAAAACCAUAAUUUUUCUUCUACUGACAAUAUUUUAUUAAGUGACACUUUCAAACGAUAUUUUUCAGUAUCGAGGUAAAAUAACAUCCCCAAUGAGAAUGAAUAACAUUUGGGGCGGACAGAUAGAAUAAUCCCUUAAUAUUCCCCCGAUCAGAUAAUCUAUAUACAUUUGCAAAGUUGUAUGCUUUUAUUUUAGCAAUGUUUUAUAAAUAUGUCUUUAAAAUGGUGUUUUUCUUUUUUUUAAGUUCAUCCAUGUGUACUAAUUGUCACUUGAUAACAAUUUUUUGCUGCUGUCUGGGUAUAAAUAAAAUUGGUUUUGUUCAUCUUAGGAUAUAAAAUUUGAAGCGCUCCUUGUUUCUAUAUUUGUGUAACUGGUGUGUGGAUGUCUUGUCAUCAUAUGGCAUCAAUGUGUGGUUUUUAUUUAUUCAAUUAAAUCAACAAAAGUGUUCUUUUUUUAAAAUGUAUAGUCAUGAAAUAUAUUAUUUAAACAUUGUUUUAUGUGGAAAGGAAACUGGGUAGGGCAUAAUGGAUAGAGUUAAAUAUUUGAUAAAAUUUGCUUGUAUUGCAUUUUGAAAAGUAAAGAUGGUAUUCAAAUGUCAUUUUUUUCUUACAUAGCAGGGGUUUUAAUUUUGCAUCUUGUAAACGCUUGUAGAAAUAUAAAUUAUGGGAUGUCUGGGCAGCAUUAGUCACCCUUGACAUUUGUAAUUUAUUGGCUUCUAGUUGAUACUCUGGUAUUUUUAAGAGGAUCAUGUUCAAUAUGAAGAUAUAAGUUGUUACAGAGUCUAGUCUAACAUUUUGGAAAUACAUGAUGGGAUUAACAAAACUAGUGUAGUGUUGAAUUGUAAGUCAGGUAUAAACUUCAGAAUUUUAUAUAUAUAUAUAUAUAUACCGGUAUAUAACAGGGUUAAUGUCUAUACAUUUUUUUUUCUUCAUGAUUUUUAAAAUGAGCUUUAGUUGGUGUUGAAGGUUUUCCAUCUGUGAAAAAAAACCUGUUUGUUUCUAAACUUCCUUUAGGUUAAGUUGAAUUAUUUCAAAUUCCCAACAACUAUAAAAAGAUUACUAUGUUUAUAUAAUUUAGAAUUUUAAAAUAAUUUUAACCCAUUAACUUGUUUUAAGUUGUGUCCUACAUGUUAUUAAAAAUUUGUAUCUUUUGCAUUAUUAAAAUUUAAGGGAAAAAAUGUACGAAUGAAAUAAAGUCAUUAGAUUGUGUUAUUUUAAA